CAAUCGCAGCGAACACCUUGACAUCAACGUCCGCCUCUUCCAUCAGACACCACAGCUGGAGCUUGACCACCGCAAACAAAUCACCAGCUCUACUGCCCCAUCACACCCACACACUCCACCAUGGACGCGCUGGUGGCUCAGUACAGCCGGCCGGCAUUCCAGAACGAGGGUUACAGCGAGGAAGACCAGCAACAGCUUGCACUCGAUCUUCAACCGCAACUAUCGCUGAACUUCGCCCUGCCGCCCGUCGCAAACAAUGCCGCCUGGCUGCGUGCCAUGACCGACGACCACACCAAUCCACAAUGCCCCAUUAAGAUCGCCCACGGAACAACGACACUUGCCUUCCGCUUCAAGGGCGGCAUCAUCGUCGCCACAGAUUCGAGAGCAACAGCAGGAAACUGGAUCGCCAGUCAGACCGUGAAGAAGGUCAUCGAGAUCAACCCCGUGCUGUUGGGAACCAUGGCAGGAGGAGCUGCUGACUGUCAAUACUGGCUCGCCUACCUCGGAAUGCAAUGUCGACUCCACGAGCUCCGCCACAAGCGUCGCAUCUCCGUCGCCGCCGCAUCGAAAAUCCUCGCCAACCUCGUCUACAGCUACAAAGGCAUGGGUCUGAGCAUGGGAACCAUGUGCGCCGGCGUAACACCCAGCGAAGGUCCCGCGCUCUACUACAUCGACAGCGACGGAACACGAUUAGCAGGAAACCUGUUCUGUGUGGGAUCCGGUCAGACAUUCGCCUACGGUGUGCUAGACGCAGAGUACAAGUACGAUCUCGAAGAUGAGGAGGCGUUGGAAUUGGGCAAGAGAAGUAUUUUGGCUGCGACGCACAGAGAUGCUUUCUCUGGUGGUUUCAUCAAUUUGUACCAUGUCAAGGAAGAGGGCUGGGUGAAGCACGGUUUCAUGGACACGAACCCCAUUUUCUGGAAGACGAAGUUGGAGAAGGGCGAGUUCUCCAACGUUACGGCGAACUUGGACUAGACGGAGGCGUGGAGGGAGGACAGGCACUCGUGGUGAUGUACGCAUGAGAUGCGUACGUUUGUACUUAUACUGGGCUUGUGAUGAUAAAUUGCAUUCGCCCGAUAUCAAGAGCAUGACAUGAACAGCGAUACAGACCAACGGUUUGUGAUAGCAUGAACGUUUCCAGCAAACCACACGUGAGACACGUACAAAGCAUGCUGAACUUGAACACAUCCCGCCGACGGCAUUCAGUAGCAGACAAGGCGGCAGACGAUCACACGGGCGAGGAAAAUGAAGAGGGAAAUGCAUUUAUGUGAUUUUGUUCAUUGAGCAGGAUAUAUGUGAAAUUACCUGCUUCAGCAGCUAGCUAAGCCGCCUUCUAGCAGGUAGCGACCUGCAUUCUUCGCGCACCAAGUGCACGACCAUGCAGUCCGCCCUUGAGCUGUCGUAGUAGAGAGUCGUGCUGUUAACCCAUUCGUUUGUGGUGCCCAUCAUAUCAUUCAUGCAAAAAGCUCCUAGCCAUUGCUGAGCUUCUGAGUUGUCCCCCAACGCCUUCGCUAAAACGCAAUCAGAAAUGUUUUUUUCUCUCCUUUUCGAUUCAAUCCUUGUCGUUAUGAUUUGUUCAGGCCAGUGGUUGUGGUAAGCCGCCGGCUUUCCUUGUCUCCGUCUGCGUUCAGACCGCAAGGGGGUUUGUGUGCUGACUAGGUCCGAGUGUAACACGAUGUUCGUUCCUGCGGACAGAUAUCAUCUGUUCUCUCGCACGCUGUCCUCGUCCUUCGUGUCGAUCGAGGUGUAAGCUGACCGCUUUACAUCUCUCUAUAGUCUACGCUCCUCUGUCUUCGAUUGCGGUUGUUGUGGCGAUGCGGGUUGACAGGCUGGCGGAAGUAGGCUCCGCCAUUGUCAGCAGCGGGUCCCGUGGGUACUCCUCCGUUGCGGUUAGGUCCAUUCAUCCAUGGCUGCUGAGCGUUGUUCAUGCCAUUCAUGCCACCGUUCAUGCCUCCAUUCAUGCCGCCGUUCAUGCCGUUAUUGAAGCCUCCCAUGCCGUUCAUGGCAUUGAAUGGCAUUCCAUUCAUGUUCAUAGGGUUGAAGCCAUUCAUCAUAGCCAUCGGAUUCAUCAUCGGAGGUAUUCCCAUGCCAAAGCCCAUGCCAUUCAUUGGCAUCAUUUGGUUCAUCAUUGGGUUGACAAAUGAGUUCAUACCAUUUUGGCCACCUCCCAUAGUACCGGAGAUGGCGUUCAUUUGGUUGACGAACUCGGUCAUGUUCUUUGGUGCCGUUGGCGGCUGUGGCUGUGUCGGAUUCGUCUGAGCAGCGGUCGCAGGCGUGCCUUGCUGGGACGAGCUCGUAGUCGUGUUGGCUGGGUUGCUUGGGCGACGCGUGUUGUCGAGCUCGUCAUCUGCCUUUCGCUUCUUUGAGGCUGAAGCCGCAGACGCUGGCGAUUUGGCAUCUGGUGAUCCUGGUGCUGCAGCAUCCUCAGGCUUGGGACUCUUGGACGCUUCCUUCUCCUUCUGCAACUUGCCAGCUUUCUUCUCAGCGUCGUACUCUGUAAGCUUGUUGAGCGCUUCCUCGUCUGGUUUGAGGUCGUCAAGCAGUGCCUGUUCACCACAAUUUGGGCAGAUGAGGUCGUUGUCGGCCAGUGCGUUCUCGAUGCAAUCAUUGCAGUAUGUGGUGCCACAGCACGGCGUCUUCACGGGUACAGUGAACGGACGGUUGUCCAGAGUGCAAAGAAGACCACGGUCGAUCAAUUCCUGAUCAACUGCCGCCGCUUCUUUGGCCUUCUCAGCAGCAGCCUUCUGCUGUUCCUGAAUCUUCUGCCAGGUGGCGUCGUCGGUCUUGACGCGGACGUAAUCACCAUCCUGAUUCAU